AGCGGCGGGCCAGGAUUUGUCCGGGAGAAUCCUGCCGCGUCUUCCUCGCUGCCGGAGCUGCGGCUCGCAGAGUUCCCGGUUCCGAAGCCGCCAGCGCUGGAGGAGCUCUCCGCUUCCCCUAGGCGAAGGGGAUGUCCGGGGGAGCUUGGAGAGGGGAGAGAGGACGGAUCCGCAAGACUGUUCAAGGGGCCCCUUAGGGAGCGACCCAGUCCCAGACCUCAGUCCCGUCUCUUGGCAGAGCUGGGGCUCCGACGCAGCGGGAUCGGGCCGGCCUGUUUUCCCUCCGAGUCGCUUUUGAGUGCGGAGAGGCGCGAGGAGAGCCAGACUGAGCUCCAGUCGGCACUGAACCCGUUUGCUUACCGGGGUCUCCCACGCGGAAGCGUGGCGGGUCCCGCCGAGGAGAAGCCAGCCGCAGUGAAGAGCUAGGAGGCGCUUGCGUGUGAUGGACUUACAAGUGGGGAGGGGAGUAAGGAGCUUUACACAGAAUAUCUAGUUUUGUGUAAAAUAUUUACUCUGCCACAGAAGAGGAUUGCAAUGAAAGUUAUCUUUUCACUGGCUCAGAAGAUGCUUCCAGACUUGUGAAUGGGAAUGCACGGAUUGUGGCAGCAGAAAAGAAUAUUUGUAGUUCCAUCUUGAACUUGGGGUGUGUGUGCUCUGGGGGCUCUCUGAGCUUGGCUGUUUCCUUGAACAAGUUUCAUUAUCACAUUAACACUGAAGAUGUUCCCUAGUUGGGUCAUGAAAUGUCUACAAGAAAACAGCCAAGCUCAGAGAGCCCCAAAAGUUAAAGGAGUUUUUACACCAGACCUUGUUCUCAGGGAGAGGCUAUGGGAGGAGGGGGACUCCUGCCUCAGCCCUGGGCCAGUGCUGGGCUGUUUCCAGAGGGGGAGAGGCCCUCUGGAAAGCAUCCACAAACCAACAUCCUUGCCCUGAUGGUUGCAGACAUGGGAAGAGUGCCUCAGUUUGAUGUAACAGAUGUGCAGCUCGACAGAUGUGGCACGAGAGAAAUGCCCUUCUCUUGGACCACGAGUAUUCUCAGGGAGUACUGUGUGAAGCUCUGGUUGCCACACUUCCAAAAUAUGUACAUAUUUUUAUUUUUAUUAUGCGGUGCUAUUAGCUCUGUAAACUGCUUAGAGAGGGCUGGGAAGCAGGAUAUAAGUCUAAGUGCUACUAGAACCUGGCCUUUUGGUGGGAGAGUGAAGUAAGAGCAAAGAGUGCCUUAUACACUGUAAGCCGCCCUGAGUCUUCGGAGAAGGGCGGGGUAUAAAUGUAAACAAAAAAAAAAAAAAGCAGGGGCUUCUUUAAGCAGCAGACUUGCCCAGGAAAUACUGGCAGUGUUUCUGCACAGGUUGGAUUAAGAAUAUGGGCACCCAACGGAGAAACUCUGAAAGGGGUCAGAUCCAUUGAGAAUAAGAAAGCAGCCACCAGGGCCAGAUGGUGCACCAGCCACAUCCACUUUCGGCAGUGCUGAGGGCUCUUCCCUGGGGGUCUCUGAAGUGGCCGGGCAGCCAGUCUGGGCCCAGGACAGCCUCAGAAAGGCCUGCUGGCACUCUUCCCAUGGCGAGGGCAGGGGAGCCUUGAUCCCAGAGGCGAAGUCAGGUGGGUGAGGAUUCUACCUUGGGAGGCGUGUGUGGCUGCAGACAGGCUCGGCCGAGAAGCAUGUUGCUGCCUGCUUUCUGGUGGUGGCAUCCAGCUGGAGAGACUGGUUUGGGAUUCAGCUGUGGAUCCAGCUGGAUGCCUUCCCAAAGGGCUUGGGCCAGAUGGGGUGGACUCCCAGCCCCACCUGGCUGCAAUUGAAGGGCUCCUGCAUUCCCAACAUGGAGUGCGCCGUUUUAUCUGGGGCCAGAAAUUUCACUUUUUUCCUCAUCAACUUGUCUAGCUGAUGUUCCUUCUGAUUAAUAGAUCCUGGGUGAAAAAAGGUCAGGGUUUGAAGACCCGAAAUGCCACUGAGAGUGUGCAAAGGGCUUGGCUAAUCUUCUUGUCUAGGAUUAAAGCAAAGAACUCCAACCUUGACAAGUUUAAGACUUGUGGACUUCAACUCCCAAAAUUUCCUAUCCAGCACUGGCUGGGGAAUUCUGGGAGUUGAAGUCCACAAGUCUUAAAAGUCGCCAAGGUUGGAGACCCCUGGAUUGGAGGACAUGCUGCCAUCCUUGAGAUGAAACGGCCAGAAGGGCUCCUCCUUUGCCUUUUAGAAGACACCCCAGGAGACGCCAGGAGCUCUGAGCCCUCCUUCCUUGGGGCCAACGUGGCCCGCCAUGUCCAUCAUGGUGGGCCUGGAUGACAGCCAAUCAGAGAGGAUGACGGGCGAUGACAUCAUCCUCCAGACGCGCCAGGUGAUGCAGGGCCUGGAAGCCCUGCGCAGCGAGAACUGGAGCAUCCACCACCAGCUGCAGGAGGCUCUGCUGAAGGAGAGAGAGGAGUCCCUGGCAGCUGCUGAUGCCCAGGCCCUGGAGUUCCUGGAGGAGAAGCAGGACCUCAUCUGCCGGAGCCUGGAAGGCAUAGAGCUGGGCAUUGCUGAAGGCCAGAUGCUGAUCGCCCUCUCCUCGCACAUCGGGGCGCUCGAGGCCGAGAAGCAGAAGCUGCGGGCCCAGGUGAGGCGCCUGGGCCAGGAGAACCUCUGGCUGCGGGAGGAGCUGGCCGGCACCCAGCUGCGGCUGCAGCACAGUGCGGAGGCCGUGGCUCAGCUGGAGGAAGAGAACAAGCACCUGCGCUUCCUGAACCAGCUCAAGCACUACGAGCCCCGGGAGGAGCAGGUGGAGACGGAGGAAGGCUUUCUCAGCACGGAUGACGGCCAAAGGCCAGAGGGGCAGAGUCCGGGUGCAGCUGCCUUGGCAGCCCAGCAGGGCGGGUAUGAGAUCCCAGCACGCCUGCGGACACUGCACAACCUAGUGAUCCAGUACGCGUCUCAAGGGCGCUACGAGGUGGCCGUGCCGCUUUGCAAGCAGGCCCUGGAGGACCUGGAGAAGAGCUCUGGGCACAACCACCCGGAUGUUGCCACGAUGCUCAAUAUCCUGGCCCUGGUCUACCGGGACCAGAACAAGUACAAGGAGGCCACGGAGCUGCUCAAUGACGCCCUGGACAUUCGUGAGCAGGCGCUGGGCAUGGAACACCCUUCUGUGGCUGCCACCCUGAACAACUUGUCUGUGCUGUACGGCAAGCGAGGAAAGUACCAAGAUGCCGAGCCUCUGUGCAAGAGAGCCCUGGAGAUCCGAGAGAAGGUGCUGGGCGCCAACCAUCCAGAUGUGGCCAAGCAGCUCAAUAACCUGGCCCUCUUGUGCCAAAACCAGGGCAAGUUCGAAGAGGUGGAGCAGUAUUACCAGCGGGCCCUUUGCAUCUACCAGACCCAGCUGGGCCCCAAUGACGGCAACGUGGCCAAGACCAAGAAUAACCUGGCCUCGUGUUUCGUGAAACAGGGGAAGUUCCAGCAGGCUGAGCAGUUGUACAAAGAGAUCCUGUCCCUGCAGGACCAGGAGCUGAGCGCCCCCAGGGGUGAUUAUAGCUGGACAGGAACUGGCAACACCUGGGAAGGGCAGGAGGGGAUGAGACGCAGUAGCUCCUUCUCUCGCUUCCGGGAGUCCCUCAAACGCAGCAGUGAGAAGCUGGUCUCCAAACUCCGGGGCCAAGCAGUGGGGCAGCCCAAGGACACUGCAGCCCCCAGGAUGACGCGAGCCACUUCCCUCAACAUGCUGUAUUUGAACGAGGCUGCAGCGGUCACAGCCCCAAAGCCCACUCGGAACCUGAGCACCAGCAUCCAGGACCUCACGCACCGCACCGCCCACUAGGCCCACCGGCCUUCAAUCUCCCUGGGCCGCCUGUUGGUUGGAGCACUUCACCUGGCACUCCCUGGACUGACCGCUGCAUGCAUUGAAAGUCCUCCUGGGGGGAGGGGUGUGGCAGGCGCCCCUCCCAAUUCACAAAGGACUCUUUCUCAGGAAUGGAGCAGCUGCUGCCAUCCCAAAGCGUCACAAUGGUAGGGGGGGAGGAAGCUUCUCCCCCUCUGGCUAUUGCCUUAAACUCCUUGGGGCAGGAGCAGCAGCCUGCCCCCCCCAUCCCAAUCCCUCUGUGGCUCUUGUGAAGCCAAUCCUUCAUUUAUUUAUGCACCUUAUUUUUCCUUAAAUAAAGUCUGCUGGGAAUGAA